GAUUGUGCGUGUCGCUCGUUUCGUCGAUUUUAUUUAUAAAAUAUCACAUUUUGUCUAUUAAUAAACCAACUGAAUACUUUUAGAACAACAUUUAGAUACAGCAGGGGCGCUCCAAGGUGCAGUGUUUAUAUCACAAGCGCGUAAUUAAAUGAUAUUCGGAGCGCGAAUAUUUCGUGUGUUAAUUCGUACCGAAACGAUGUUUUCUUUUGUAAUAACUGAAUUUUUUUGUGAUAAUGUGAUUUAGACAAAGUUUGGCUAGUGUCUGUGUGCUUGAAAUAACCGUAUCACAUAUCAUUGAUCUGUACAAAUCAAUGUAUUGAUAAGAUAUAAAGUUGUGUUUUCCUUCUGAUUAGGAAGGUUCAGAAGUGAUAAUCUGGUAUGAAAGACGUGAUAAUAGAGUGUACAAUGCUGUCGUGGUGGGUCUAUUGAAUUAUUGACUUGUUGUUUAAGUGUUAAGUGUGAGUGCAAAUAAGCGAAAAUGCCUGGGAAGAUAAAGGUGAAAGUGUUGGCAGGCCGGAACCUCCCGGUGAUGGACCGGGCUAGUGAUACGACGGACGCGUUCGUUGAGAUAAAAUUUGGGAGUAUCACACACAAGACUGAUGUGUGUAGAAAGUCCCUGAACCCUCACUGGAACAGCACAGAGUGGUACAGGUUUGAGGUAGACGAAUCAGAGCUUCAAGAUGAACCCCUCCAGCUUCGACUGAUGGACCAUGACACGUACUCCGCGAACGAUGCUAUCGGAAAAGUAGUGAUCAGCCUUGCUCCACUGCUGGCGAGGGAAGCCAACAACGCCAAGAGUACUGCUACACCUCAUGGGGGUGCAGUAAUGUCCGGUUGGAUCCCUGUCUUCGACACGAUGCACGGCAUCAGAGGCGAAUUGAACGUCAUCGUGAAAGUGGAGCUGUUCUCAGACUUCAACAAGUACAAAACUUCCAGCUGUGGAGUGCAGUUCUUUCAUUGUCCAAUGAUACCUCCAGGCUACAGAGCGACUUCUAUCCAUGGAUUUGUUGAAGAGCUGGUGGUAAACGACGACCCUGAAUACCAGUGGAUUGACAAAAUCAGAACCCCUAGAGCAUCCAACGAAGCGCGACAGGUGGCCUUCAUCAAACUUAGUAACCAGGUCCAGCGUUUAGUAGGUCUGAAAGCGGCUGAGCUGGGGGCCAACGCUGUAGUUGGUUACCAACAGGACUUUGAUCUGGAAGGGGAGGCAGGAGUCGUGGCUAGAGCUAUCGGUACCGCCGUCAGUAUAACUCCUCUACCCAUGCCAAGUCAAACGUUAAACAUGCCACCUUGCACGCAACAACAAUUAAAAAAGUAUUUGGACAUUUUGGCGACUGAUAAUGAAAGUAUUACGGAAAUGUCUGCUUACUACCAGACGCAUCAGGAAGAGCUGCAGAAACUCCUCUCGAUCUUGAAUCCUAAUGCAUCAGCUUUACUAGAUGAAACGGAUGCUCUUGAAGAAGACGAAAGUAUGGACAUGACGAGGCAUCCCAGCAUUAACAGCUACGCUGGAAGCGUCUCCAUAUACAGGGAUGAAUAUCCACACAGAAGCAGCCUCAGACACCUAUCAGAAGACCAAACAGAUCUGAACAAACUUCUCAACAGAGAAAGUGACGAUUCCGACUCUUCAGGACCAAUCGAGAAACUGAAGAAGAUUAAAACUAACUUUUUCACUAAAAGAUUCAGUCGUCGAUCUGCUAACAAAUCAUCUUCGUCAGACAAACAGGAAGACACAAUAUCUCUAAGAUCUAACGCGUCUGAUUCCUCACGAAUCUCUCUAGGCGAUAUAAAACAUGAAUUGAGGAAAUUAAGCUUAAAGAAACCGAAAUUCCGUAAACCAUUCGUUAAUAAAGAAGAUGAGGGCGAAGGUAUGGCUUCAAUCCUGGCUAGAUCGAUCAUUCAUGUUCAAACAGGUCUCGCCUGUAUUGCUGAGACACAAGACUCAGAAGCCUCUCCAGGAUCCACCUUAAGACGAACGAGUGAAUCCGAACCUGCCCUUAACAUAUCCGAUGAUGAGAAAGUCAAGGCGAAAGAAAACGAUGGCCCCACAGAAGAACCAAAAAACAUGCCGGAAAUAAGAUUCACUUCUUUGAGCAAUAUUAAUUCUGAUCAAGUAGUGCCGCCGAGGGAGCGAAAGAUAUCCGAGUCUUGUCCAGCUACUCCAAUGCCAGAGAGAAACGAAAAUCUCCUAACAUUGCCUGGAGACCCUGGCUACUUUGGAUCAGUUUCCUCUGCACUAUCAGCUGAAAGCUCCGAGCUGGAGUCCAGUAGCGAUGAAGAAGACGACGAUGAAAGUUCUGACUUAAAAACAGAUACCGAAAGGUCUAUAGAAACUACCAGCUCCAUAGUGCAAUCAGUUCUAAGCCAUGACAUUGAUCCAAAAGUGAUUGCUAGCAUGGAUAAAAAGUUAAACAUCCUUGAAGGUAGCCCGGAUCCUAUUGAAACUAAAUCAGUACAAACGAAAAAGGAAAUUGAUAAGAAAACAGAAGUAGAACAACAAGUAUUCGAUAAUCAAGUGCUUAUUGACAAAUGUAAAUCACUGGAGUCAGUGCCUCGAGAAGUCGAAAGUAAGAUAGUUGUCGACAAACCAGUGAGAUCAAACGAAGCUUCGACGUCAUCGGUGAAAGACGACACGUGUGUAGCAAAACCCACUACCCAUCACAUUAAAUUCCACAAUCCCUUCUCUCACAAAAAGCCUGCUAAAAGCAUUAGCGAGCCGUCAUCUCCAGUAGAUAAAGGUAGCUUCGUCCAUCGUUCUUCCCGACGUAUACGACGUCAAUUGUCUAAGCUGUCUAAAAGCAAUAUGAUUAAAAGUAUUUCUCACUAUUCUUUGCAUCCGAAAAAGAAGGAGAAUAAAACUCCUUUGAGCCAGCCUGGGUCGUCUUCCGAUGUUCGUUCGAAAGCUCCUAGUGAGACUGUCCUGGGUUCUCCAUUCUUGUCUUAUAGCGAUUUGAUGAGUCUCGACAAGGACAGUAUUGAUACGCACAAAUUCUUUCACAAAAGCGAUGAAUUUGAUCACGUAAAAGUAUCCAUGUAUAUUGGAUCGGAGCCUGUUUCAAGGUCCUCUCUCAGUGGUAUUUCGUCUCUUUACCACAAAGAGGAACCUCAUCAUCACACUGAAAAGAAACACUCUCUGAAGUCUACAGGAUUGGUUCAUACUGCCAUGGAAACUAUUCUGCUAGAUAAAGUGCAGUCGUUGCUUUUACCUACUUCUCCUGAUUCAGAAUCUGUUAAGAACAAACAGUUUUUCGAUGAUGUUAAUGAGAAGUUAGGUAAAGUUGAAGAAUAUAGGAAUAAUAACAGUUCUUCAGUCGGCAGUAGUAUUAAUAUAGCACCAUCCAGUAGACCAAAGAGUCAGUCUCCACCUGUGAAUACCAAACCAGUUGUUGUCAGUGGUAUUAGGAAGGUUGACAAAGGACACGAACAUAAAAACAAACCACCAAGCUUAGUACAAACUGCGAUGGAAACUAUGCUUAUGGAUAGAGUUCAGUCUGUCCUUAUUCCGUCUACUCCAGAUACUCCUCACCCAGAAAUAGUGUUUGAAGGAAAUGACCGUUCAGAAACUGGAGAAGGAUCCAAAAUGAAAGUUAAAAAACCUAUAGCUUACAUCCAGUCUUUGCUUAGUCCAAAAUCUCCGGACCAUACUUCACCAACUGAAAAAUUCUUUGACAGUAAGCCUAAAAAGAGGGAAUCCAUGUCAACUGGACUGGUUCACACGGCAAUGGAAACUAUGUUGAUGGAAAAGGUCCAAUCAGUUCUUGGCCCGGAAACUCCUGAACCAGUUUCAUCUGUAUUUGAUGAUUACGAUAGAGCACAGAGGCCUAACGAUUUUAAAAAGAGAGAGGAUAAACCACAUGGAUUAGUUCAAACUGCAGUGGAAACGAUGCUAUUGGAAAGAGUUCAGGCAUCAGCCCUUGGUCGAUCAGUACCAGAUCCUGUAAUAACUUCUGAUGAUAAACUUCACGAGUCGGAUAGGAAUGAAAGUUCGUCUGGCCUAACUCGCACUGCUGUAGGUACUAUACUAAUGGAUAAAGUUCAAACAUUGGUCGGACAGCCGGGUGUAGCUUUCGCUGUCCCGCUACAUAGAACUGACACAGAUUCAGAUAAGUUUAAAAAAUCCAGCAAAGAUGAUUUAAGGCCUACUGGUCUUGUGCAUACAGCAGUUGAAACUAUGCUUUUAGAUAGAGUGCAGGCUUCUGCACUAGGUGCGCCAGUACCGGUAGUUCCAUCAGAGGAAGACCAGGAAUAUAUUUCGAUUGAUACAAACAAAAAGGAAGAAGUUGGUGGACUUACCCAUACUGCAAUGGAAACAAUAUUAAUGGAUAAAGUCCAGUCUUUAGUUGGUCAACCUGGCAUCACCUUUGUUGAACCGAAAACGUUUUCUAAUGAUGAGCUGGAAGAUGCUAGUCACCUAAACGAUGAUUUGAAAUCGCCUUCUCUUGUCAAAAAUGUUGUAAAAAAUAUAUUGUUAGAUAAAGUGCAUACUUUAGCUGAAGAGAAAGAAGUAGCUGUUGAAAAGUUAAAAGAAAUAUUUGAGAAGUCUCCUUCUCGUGAAAAUUUGAAGCCUGCAGGCUUGAUUCAUACAGCUUUCGAAACAGUUCUGUUAGAUAAGGUUCAGGCUUUGAUACCUGCUGAACCAGUUACAUCUGAAACUAAGAAAGAAGACGAAAAAAUAAACGAAAGUAAAUCGGAAAUCGACGCUGCGGUAAAACCGAAAGUUAUCGAUUCUGAAGCUAAUAAAACUGUAGCACAAAGCGAAACAAUUAAACAAAUAGAAAAAAGCAAAUCAGUACCCGAAUCAAAGAAAAAUAAAAGACUCACUCGCCAAAAUAGCGUAGACUCAAUAACAGAGACCGAAACGCCUAAAAUGUCCAAACAAGCUAACAUUUCACCUAGCGACGUAACCAAGCCUGUCAUAGUGUCUCACCCACAACUUGGUGCACUAGAAACCAUACCUUCGUUACCAGAGACCAGCAUAGACGAAGUAGAAGGAGUAGACCAAAUAGACCAAGUAGACGAGACUAACAAUAGUGUGUGUGAUAACUCGCAUGCCGUGUGCGAUAUCAACAGGAGUGAACGAGACAGGGAUAGGCGCGACGAUAAGAGCGACAAGGACAGAGGAUCGCCGCGCCACGCUCGUCAUGAGUCGUACGGGGGGAGGGAGCCGGCUCAGGCGGCGCAUGCGCAGAACUCUUCCUUGAACGCCACGUCGACGCCACUUGGGAUUCACAGGAGGUCGUCCGAUUCUGAUCUUAGUGUAACGCCUAAAGGUGGAUCAUUAAACACAUCGGCGGGUAACGUAGGUAGCGGUGGUGGCGCCAUCUUGCGGCCGUCUAUGAACAGCAACAACCUGGACAUGCUGGAAUAUCCGUUCCUUACCAUGACUGAGUAUCCGCCGGGAUUUAUUGUGCAUAUUGGUGGUACAGUAUGCGCUCGGUCGGUGAAGCUGGCGGACGGCGGGGAGGGCGCGGCGCGCGUCGCCUGGUGGGCCGAGCUCCGGACCGAGCUGCGCGCGCAUGCGCGGGCACUGCGCUGUAACGCUGUCAUUGCGUACACUGAGAACACUGCUAUAUGCGAGGACGUGUGUGUGCUCUCAGCGUCCGGUACAGCGGUAGUGAUCAACUUAGAUUGCGACUUCAAUGCCGAGCCAGAACCUAAUUCAGCCCCAGCGUCGUCGGGUUCGAAGCACGGCGAGGAGUCAGACAGUGAGUCGUGCAGUAUGUCCCACGUGCCGUACUCGCCGGGCGCCGGCCCGUACCGCGCCGAGCUCGCCGUCUGCGGGGGGUGUCGACGAGCCCGCGUGCCUACAGUACUGCUCGCGACAUGUUCGAAGCCCAACAAGUUGGCGUCACACGCCAAAGCCGUCACACUCACUGCCGUCGCGGCUCGAGUGAGAAGAGCGCCGCCUACAUCAGAGCCGGGCGCCAGGGACAUCUCCGACCAACUGCCCUUCCUAGAGUAUGAACUACACAAGCUACUGCUCGCCAAACUUAGGAUGCAGGGUGCCAACGCGAUAUUCUCGCUACAGACUCAGAUAUCUAUCGGCGAGCGGUGCGUGAUGGCGCUGGCCACGGGCACGGCCUGCAGGCUCGCUGCACUCCCGCCGCCCACGCCGCCCAGGAUAAAGGCGUCAGAAAACGACAAAGAUGCGCUGGAAAUACAGAAAGCAUUAUGGGACUCGUUCGCGGCUAACAGAGUGGCCAACGGUUUUGAUGUCGGUGUCACCGAACACAAUACAAACGGUGCGCUGCCCGAGAUGGAGGGCGAGGACGCGCCCGCACUGGACCUCUGCGCUGACAAGGACGCCUGCGUACUGGAGCUCGACGAGGCUGAGGAUGUAGAAACAGCGCGUGCGCUAGCCAAGCGUCACGUGAACAUGCAAGUGUACACGCACGGACUCAAACCCGUCAUCGGAGCUCCACCGCAGGCGUUUGCGCAGGUAUGGCGCGGGCGUCUGUCGCUGGGCGGCGGCGGCGGCAGCGCGUGCGUGGAGCGACACGUGCGGCGCGCCCUCGACGGCGUCGCGUACAAGCUGCGCCGACUGCAGCCCGCCGCCCUCACCGCGCCACGCUUCCAGCUCGAGCUGCCGGAGGACGAAAUCCAACUCAUAGUAUCAGGAGCAGCCAUUCCUCUUAGAGACCCGAACAGUCCUGAGGGGAACACAGUGGAGAAUGGUCACCCUAGUAGUCACAGUAGUCACGGCAGUCACGGUAGUCAUGGCAACGGGACCGGAGACGCUGACGAUGACAUCUUCGAGCUGGAUGAGGAACAACUUGUAAAGAGUCCGCCUGAGUUACCUGAGGAGAAGAAUAGUAUUAAUGGACAGGUCCCGAGCACGGUGUCCCUGACGCCGCUGCCCCACGUGUGCGGCAGUCGCACGUCGCGGCGCCUGUGUGCGCUGCGGCUCCUGUUCGUGCGGGAGACCACGGCCGUGCGGGAACUGGGCGGACUCAGCGGGUUCCUGCAUACGUUCACUUGUGAGGUGAUGGCGAUAGUCCGCGCUUACACGGCGGCGCUGGGCGGGAACGCGCUCACGUCCUUCUACAUCACACAGCUCAUGUUACAAGACAAUGCGCAUAAGAAUCAGGGUCAAUGUCUCCUGUCCGUAGGAGGCGAUAUAGUACAUAUAACAUACUGAAUUUAGUUAACUAUGACAUGACAUAUCUAUGACAUUUGUUAUAUAUUUGUAAUUAAAUAUAUAGUAGGUACCUAGUUCAUUUUUGCUGAUUUUGAAUUUAUUGCCCUUAUUUGUGUUCCGAUUAUGUGAUUUUUAUUUUUUAAGGUUUUUUUUAACUAAUUUAAUCUUAAUCUAGGAGUUCCUCCUUAAUCGCUUCUCGUAGCUUAAAGCACGUCUGUGAAUUUUUUUGAUGACCUUUGUUGCGUAGUAAGGUCGGUUUUACCAGAGCUGGUUGUCUUACUAUUGAAAAUGACAAAAAUCGGUCGAAUGAAUUUCAUUUAAUAUAAUUUCAACCUUAUCUUUUUGCAGUAAAGUUGCUGACAAAAAAUAUUUAAAAUUAUAAUCUUCGACUAGCAUCGGUCACCAUUGAUCGACACGGCGUCAUAGAUUCGAUAGCGUUAAUAGAUUCUCAACCCUAUUCUUUUGUAAUUAAAUUGAAAUUAUGUUUAUGGUGACUGAUUUCUGUCAUUACCAUUGCCAUUUCUAAUCCAGCUCAAUUGACGUGUAACAUACAGUGGCGUGCAAAAAUACAAUUGAAAUUAAUUAUAGAGAUUAUUAUGUUAAAAAAACGCUUGUAAUAAGCUUUAAUUUACUUUUGAA